AUGGUGGGCUGUCCGGAGGACUCUGGUGCUUCGCCUUCAGUGACGCACAGCGUCGUCCACACUUAUGAGAACGGCGAUGAUUUCCCCGGCGGAUCAGUGGAUGGCCUCGUGGGCGGCAUCGCGGAUGGCGACUUAGCCAGUGGCCCCGUCGACGACGAUUUUGCCAGUGAGACAGAGGAGGGUGACUCUGUGGAUGGUGACAUCGUGGAAGAGUCCGGCGUCCCAACUGAAUCCUCAGUGGACACACCCGAGGUCGAAUCAGAGGAAUCCGGCUCCGUGUCAGAGGGUCUCGGAAGCGACAGCUCUUCGGGGCAUCCGUUUCUAGCCACUCCCCUCAGCGAUGAAGUGACGGAGGACGUCACAGACGAGGCGAAGAAGUAA